AUGUCCGGCCCCUCGUUAGCACCCUACAUUCUAAAGCGGCCAUGGCUCAAGCGGUGGAUGAUGCCCCUGGCCAACUGGUACGUCAACACGGCCGGCUACAGGUCAUUAGGUCUACGCCAUGACGACUUGAUCCCCGAAGAAAACGACACCGUCCAGCUCGCCCUCAAGCGACUGCCCCCGAAAGAAGCCUAUGACCGAGUUUUUCGCCUGAGAAGAGCUUUCCAGUGCUCCCUGUCACAUCAUCUGUUGCCCCCCGCAGAACACACCAAGCCUGAAGAUGAUAUUCCAUACCUCAGUCCCAUCAUCGAGGAAAUUGAAAAAGAGAUGAAGGAACGCGCUGAUCUCGAGUCUAUGAUCGUUGAACCAAGGAAGUGA